AUGGCGAUUUUGAUCAGAAAAUGGCAUAGUGGUGACGAUGUUGGGGUUAGGGUUUCCGGCAGUUGGAAAUAUCGGCAAAUGAGGCGGAAAGAACAAGAUCGACUUGCAAGGAUGGAUGCUGACUUCCGGGAAAGAAAGGAGCUGGGUGAGUUUGCUCAGCGAAGGGAAGAAAGAUUGAAGGCUGCCGAGGAGCGUACAGCCAAGAAGUGUCUGAAACGACAAAAGAAGAAACAGAGGAAAAAGAAGAAAAUGAGUAAACCCGAAAAUGGCGGACUUGAGUACAACAAAGAACAACAACAAUCUUCAGACGAUGAUGGUGAAUCUGACAAAUAG